CAUGUUAUACACCACCAACUAAAUCUCCACUCAUUCAACAUUUCAGAGAAUUUCUUGCAUACCCUUUUAUCUAUAUAUAUACACACACAUAUUAGUGAUUCUACAACCAACACACUAGUCUCAUCACUCUUCACUCUCAAAGCUUUCAUUUUGUUCUGCAAACUCCUCCUUGUGAUCUUUGCUUCUUUUCUAGCUCAUACAACAUCAUGGGUUUCGGCAUGCCUCGUAUUAUUAAUGCUAAGCAAAUACUUAGGAUGCCUUCUUUGGCAGCAGACCAAGCAGCUUCAACAGCUCUAAAUGUCCCAAAAGGCUAUUUUGCAGUUUAUGUUGGAGAGAGUGAAAAGAAGCGAUUUGUGGUUCCAGUAUCAUCCUUGAACCAGCCUUCAUUCCAAGACUUACUAAGUCAAGCUAAGGAAGAAUUUGGGUUCGAUCAUCCAAUGGGUGGUCUCACAAUUCCCUGCAGAGAGGACAUCUUCAUUGAUAUCACUUCUCAGUUGAGCAGAUCAUGAGACAAUUCUAUGCAUAUAGAAUCCAAUUUUGUAAAGCAGUGGUCAUCAUUUCCAUGUAAAAAUUUUAAUUUUGUACCUUUUUUUGUUCCCAUAGAGGAUAUUGGGGAUGAAAAAAUGGUCCCUUGUUUCUAAAUAUUAUAAAGCAGAGAUCAUGUUCUUAGACAAUUUCAAAAGCAAAUUCAUUAUUUCUUCUAAAUCUUUGUUUCUAUAGAUUCUAUAUUGACUUUGGUGUGCAUCUUUUUUGUUGCAUUCUGUGAGCAAAUAUAUUUUGUUUCAAUUAAACUCUCUUUUUUUUUUUUUUGGGUAAUUAUUUUAAUUAAACUUAGUUAGGAAAAAUUUGUAAACUAUAAUUAUUCGUGUUAAACCAUUCAUCACAAAUAAACAUAAACCCAUAAUCUUAGAACUUCAUGAUUUUCAUAUAUUUAUAAUGCAUAAAUAAAUAGUUAGAUAUAAAUACCUCGAUUCAUGAUAUCAAACCUUGUUGAGAUUAAAUCCAAC